CCGCUCGCUCGCCGGAGUCGCCGACCCGGCUCGCACGCACGCCACGCAAACGCAAGUCAGUUGCAGACCAGCCGAGCAUCAGGGAGGACGUUCGCGUGCGAUACUGUGCCGCCAGCUUCAAGCCGGCCGCCGAGCCAAACAACGUGUUGACCUUCGUGCAUCUGCGUGUGUUUGCGACCCCGCCAGUGUGUAUGCGUGUGUGUGUUAGUGAGAGCGAGUGAGAUAGUGAGCGCGCCCAGGAUUACCCUCACCGUCAACGUCAGGACUUUGGAGCGACCAUGGCGACCUCCUCGCUGAUCCCCGCCUACCAGUCCAGCUACCACUCGUACGAGCAGUUCCAGCAGACUCAGGUGUCACCUCUGAACCUUCUGGCCGCGACCUGCAGCCGCCUCCACUACCAGUCGCAGCAGACACCCGCCAGCGCCGCGACCACCGGCGGCCAGGCCGGCAUGCCCUACCACUACGCCCAACAGCAGCAGCAGCAGCAGACAGCCGCCAGCCAUUCACACCAGCUGCAGGUGAAGCAGGAGGUGCAGCAGCAGCAGCAGCAGCCACAGACUGCGCAGCUUGCGCAGCAGCAACAACAGCGCUGGACCCAGAGGUGGCCCGAACAGCAGCCGUCGCCGCCCGCCGCCACCAUGCUCCACACCCCAGUGUCCGACGCGUCCGACAUGGCCUCGCACCACCUGCUGGACUUCCCCGGGGUGGGCCGCGCUCCCCUGCAGCUUGGCGGCGCCUUCGGGAGCGGCGCGCACGCGCAGUACGGCGCCACGAUGGGCAGCACCCAGUACGGCGCGCAGUACUCGUCGUAUCAGUGGUACCACCACCCGCACUACUACUCGGCUUCCACGGCCACAGUCAAGGCUGAGCCCGACGCGGUGCCCACCACAGCCCUCCCCGUGUCCGCCGCCCCCCUUCACUCGCAGUACUACUCGGCCUCCAUGGCCACCGUCAAGACUGAGCCCGAAGCUGUGCCGGCCGCGCCUGCCCGCGACUCGCCCUCCGCUCGCGGCGCGGCCGCCCCCCGCGGACCCCGCGGCCCGCGCGGCCCCAGGGCAGUUCGCAAGGAGCCCGAGCACGACGAGACUAAGGCCACCAAGUGCCGCUGCGCCAAGUGCAGGGCGAUGAAGGCGGCGCCCAGGGACAGCGGCAGCAGCAGCGGCGGCAGUGUGCGCGCGGACUCCCCCAGCAGCGGUGGCCUUCCCUCCCGGGUGCACCCCUGUGAGGUGCCCGGAUGCGGCCGCUCCUACGGCAAGUCGUCCCACCUUAAGGCGCACAUGCGCUGGCACUCCGGUGAGAGGCCGUUCCUGUGCUCCUGGCUACUUUGCGGCAAGCGCUUCACGCGGAGUGAUGAACUCCAGAGGCACCUCCGCACCCACACGGGCGAGAAGCGCUUCGCCUGUCCCGUCUGCGGCAAGAGGUUCAUUCGAAGCGAUCACCUCGCCAAACACAUCAAGACCCACACGAGGAAGAACGACAUGUCACCGGUACCUAAUCCCAACAUUGCGUAAAAAGUUCUAGGUGUUAGACAGUGGGAAUGGGAUGUGCCCAAGGCAUCCUUAUCCGUCUGUCGUCGCAAUGACUUCAGUUAUCUUUCGGAUUUAGGCUGUGAAUGCGUGUAUUUUUAAUAAUCACUGAGGUGGCGCAGUUGUCAGUAAACCAUGUGAGAAUAGUUUACCAUGCAAUAUGUAACAAAUAUGUUGCGAGGCUUAUGUAGAAGCCUGUGCUUGUACCUGAUUAAGUUUAUGUUUCCGUGUCAUACAUUUGUUUAUGUUGUAAGUAUAGAUUCUGUUAUUUAAUUUGACUAAUUAUGCCUGAUUUUA